CAGAUCUACACAAAAAUCUUAAGGAGUAAAGGCCUCAGUGAGUGCUUAGAGUAAACAAAAGGUCUAAUAAUCUCAACCAUGAAAGCGGUUCUUCUCCGAACUGGUUCGGUCCCGAAUCUCUCAAUCCAACCCUCAUUUGUUCCCGGCUCACCGCGAGUACCUCACUUUGAUUUGUACGCCGAGAAGAAAAAGUCGGUUUCUCCGAAGAUUUCGCUGCAUUUGGAGAUCAAUCGCCGCAACGAUACCACUCCGGUGAGGAGUAUUCGGAGAGUGAUGUCAGAAUCUGACGUGAUCAGGUCGGAGAGUGAGGUUUCCGGCUGUUUCUCGAGACUCAGUGCUGCGGGAUCUAGGUCCUUCCCUGUGAGAAUACCGGAGGAGGAGUACGUGUCGGACGGUGAGGACGGCGUAGGAAGUGUCCGAUCAUUGUUUGUAACGGAAAGAGGAUCCGAUCGGAGGAAUUACGCCGGGGACUGGCCGGAGGGCGGGAUUCCUGUUGAGGAAUUAGGGUUUUCCGGCGGUGGAAUAGGUAAAGGAAGGAUUCCUGGCGGUGGAGGCGGCGGCGAUGACUUUGAAUUCGGUGCUUUCACCGGCGGUGAAGCCGAUCGCAGCAAGAUCAGUGCGUAUUAUCUAGAGAUGCUGAAGUCGGACCCUACGAAUUUUCUUCUUCUUAGAAACUACGGCAAGUUCUUGCACGAGGUAGAGAGAGAUACAGCAAAAGCUGAAGAGUACUAUGGAAGAGCGAUACUGGCAAGUCCUGGUGAUGGAGAGGUGUUGUCUCUAUACGGAAAGCUGAUAUGGGAAACAGAGGCAGACGAAGACAGAGCCAAAUCUUACUUCGAUCGGGCUGUUCACGCCUCUCCCGAUGACUGUGUGGUGUUGGGAUCGUAUGCGCAUUUCAUGUGGGAAGCAGGGGGAGACGAAGACGAGGAAGAGGAGAUAGAGAUAGAAGGUAGUAAAGCGUCUCCGGCCAUGGUUGCAGCUUUCUAACAGCGAAGAAAGAGUUUGUUCAUCGACGCAGAGAAAGAGUGUAUCAAGUCUGACGAAAUCACUGUAAUGUUUUACUAACCGUUAAUGUAAAUAACCGGAAUAAACAAAUGGUAAGAUGAUAAGGCAGAGUGAGAGAGAAUGAUUAGUUGUUGUUUGUUUUUCCGUGUUGUUUGUAGUUUGUACAGUGUAACUGCCAUGGCAUAAAUGAAGUUCUAAGUUAUUUCUUUUUGAUA